AUGGGCAACAUGAUCCGGGCGGUGAUGAGCAAGGAAAAACUGGAGGUCACAAAAGACGAAACCAUUAAAAGGGAAGGUCCCGUCUGGGGCUUCUCAAUGAUGGGCAAGUACACCAUCAUGGUCGCCGAUCCGGAGCUGGUCCAGCAAGUACUUUCAAACCAGUUCACCAACUACACUAAUCGAAGGGACUUUCCCGCCCUCAACAGCUUCAUGGAGAACAGUCUCUUCUUUGUGCCGGAUGAAAAGUGGAAACGGCUGCGAAGCAUUGCCACUCCAGCAUUCUCCGUGGGAAAGCUGCGCCAGAUGAAAACCUGCAUGGACGGCACUGUCCACACCAUGAUCACCAACAUGGACGCGGAGAUCAAGAGGAGUUCAAUCCACAACGUGAAGGCUCUCUUCGACUGUUUCACCAUUGACACCAUCAUCCAAACGGCCUUUGGCCUCAAAGUGGACAGCCUCAACGACCCCACUAAUCCGAUCAUAAUCCACGGUCGAAAGUUGUUCCAGGAUAAGCCUCCACUAAUCGACAUGCUCAAGAUGGUCCUCAUCAUGGCCGUUCCCGCGCUGACCAAGCGGAUCAAGGUGGAGAGCAUGGAAAACCAGACCAAGUUCUUUGAGGAGCUGGCCAUUGGCCUAGUGGCCCAGAAACGGGCCGAGUACGCCAAGGCAGGCGGCCACUUUGAUAAGGCGAGCAGUUUCAUCGAGUUUGUUCUCGAGGCAGAAGCGGAAAACAAGCGAAUGGAGGAAGGAGAUUUGGCGGCGGCUGAUGGGAAAAAGAAACCUACGAAAUACAUGACCACCGAGGAGAUCGUCGCCCAGUGCGCCACCUUCUUCAUCGCCGGCUUUGACACCACCUCCGCCACGCUGAGCCUAUCAGCCUAUCAACUGGCCAAACACCCCGAGAUCCAGGAACGCCUUUAUCAAAGUGUCACCGCCUCCCUCGCCAAAUUCCAGGCGGAAUCUCCCGAGCUCAAGGACGACUUCUACUCGCUGGUCACCUACGACCGGUUGCAGUCGAAAGAGUUUGAACUCCUCGAGGGGGUGAUCAACGAGGCGCUUCGCCUCGACUCGCCGGUCAUCUUUCUGGAGCGGANUGCCAAAUUUCAGGCGGAAUCUCCCGAGCUCAAGGACGACUUCUACUCGCUGGUCACCUACGACCGUCUGCAGUCAAAGGAGUUUGAACUCCUCGAGGGAGUGAUCAACGAGGCGCUUCGCCUCGACUCGCCGGUCAUCUUUCUGGAGCGGAAGGCGACGGCCGAUGCUGAACUAGCAAAUGAGGACCGCUCGAGGGUGAUCAACGUCAAAGCAGGUGACAUCAUUCACAUUCCCACCUACUCGUUGCACCGAGAUCCGCAGCAGUGGAAAAAUCCGGAGGAGUUCAAUCCUGAGCGUUUCAUUGGAGAUAAUGCGACCUUCCACAAGUACGCCUACCUUCCUUUCGGCCUAGGACCGAGGAAGUGCGUCGCGCAACAAAUGGCCAUCAUCGAGGCAAAGCUUGCCCUGCUGCAUAUCGUUAGAGAUUUCCGUUUUGAAGUUUGUCCGCAGACGCAGGCCCAGCUAGAGCACGUCAAUCAGUUCGAUUUUAAUGCCCUGAAGGAGGUGCACCUCAGGGUG